GGGCGUUACGCGUUUAAUAUUUAUGAGCCGGAAGACGUUCCUUUGAGCUGAGCCGUUUACCCAGAAUGUUCGACUGUUUGUAGCUGAGAAGAAUGUGUGAUAAUGGCUACAAACGCUGAAGCGAAGACUCCACAUUUCGACUGUCCGGCAUGGGCAGGAAAGCCUCCAGCUGGGCUGCAUUUAGAUGUGGUAAAAGGAGACAAACUUGUUGAGAAACUCAUCAUUGAUGAAAAGAAUCAUUAUUUGUUUGGGAGGAACCCUGACAUCUGUGACUUCAUCAUCGACCAUCAGUCGUGCUCUCGUAUCCAUGCUGCCCUCAUCUACCACAGACAUCUGAAAAGACUCUUUCUCAUCGACCUUAACAGCACACAUGGUACGUUCCUCGGACACAUUCGCCUGGAGCCCCACAAGCCUCAGCAAGUUCCCAUCGACUCCACUGUGUCGUUUGGCGCAUCCACACGAGUCUACACCAUUCGGGAGAAACCACAGACCCAGCCGAGCGCAGGUGUCGGAGACAGUAAAACCGGGGAUGAUGAGGAGCUUAAGGGACUUUUGGGACUUCCAGAAGAAGAAACUGAACUGGAGAACCUGACAGAGUUCAACACAGCUCAUAACAAGCGCAUCUCUACGCUCACCAUAGAGGAGGGCAACCUGGAUAUUCAGAGGCCCAAGAGGAAAAGGAAGAACUCCAGAGUGACUUUCAAUGAAGAAGAUGAGAUCAUUAACCCAGAAGAUAUUGACCCCUCUGUUGGACGCUUCAGAAACAUGGUCUCAACAGCUGUUGUACCUAUGAAGAGAAAGAAAAUGGAGGGUGGUAAUGCACUGGGAAUCGAGGAAACUGUAACACGGCACAUGCACACAUUCCCUUUGCGAGGUGGACUCUAUAGAGACGUUCCCCCUACCAGCCAUGAAGCUCAGUAUCCAGGAGCUCCAGGUGGAGCCACAAUCUUGGGAGGACUGCCAUUACCCCUGCCGAACCCUGCGCCAGAUGUGGACGUGGCCCAAGAGGCCCCACAACCCCCAGUCACCCUCAAUCCCACACCUUUAACUGGCCCGUACGUCUCGGAGCUCCUCAAUGAACCCCGCAAAAAGAAGUAUGCUAAAGAGGCUUGGCCUGGCAAGAAGCCCACUCCAUCUCUGCUUAUUUAGCUGCAUAUUUUCAACACCGGAUGUGGCUGACACUUCUAUCCAGAGACUGCACUCUACUUGAAGUUGUCAGUGGGUACAGAGGACCUGGCAAAAACAGCCAUCAAAUUUGACUCUCAAAACUCACAUCUACUCUAUACAAGAAUCGCCCUGAUAUACUGAAGGCAAUGCAUUUAUUUGAGCUUUAAAGGAAUAGAUCACCCAAAAAUGAAAAUGCUGUCUUAACCUCAUGUCUUUCCAAACCUGUAUAAUGAUCUUUCUUCUGUGGAACACAAAAUGAGAUGUUUAGGAAAAGUUCAAAUCUCAAAAAAGUUGUGACCACGUCUGUCAGGGCCAAAAAAGACCGUAAUAGUCCAUACGACUUGUGUGCUAUAUUCCAUGUGUUCUGAAGUUAAACGAUAGCUUUGUGUGAUGAGUAGACCAACAUUUAAGUUUUUACUCAUUGAAAAUUAUGCUUGAUCAAUUUAAAAAUGGCAUCAUGCUUGCUCUUUUGACAUUAUUGGCCCCAAACUGCCUUGGAUUCUUCUGUGUCAUCGUUCGCCAUGCAUCAAAUUUAACCAUAAAUUAUAUUUGAGGGGUAUGGUGGAGGGGAAGAUUAUCAGCUUAAAUUUCGGUCUGUUUCUUACACAAUGUGAUCUUAUUGCUUCAGAAGACUUAGAAUAUAGUGCAUGUGCAUCAUGGAUUAAUUUUAUGAUACUUUCAUGGUGCUUUUUUUUUUUUUGUUAUUGGAGCUUGGUCUAAAUCACCAUCCACUUUUGUUGAUUGGAAAAGAUGCUUGAACAUUAUCCUUAACACCUAUUUUGUGUUUCACUGAACCAAACAAAACAAUGCAGAACAUGACACGAGGGUGAGUAAAUGACACAAUUUUCAUUUUUGAGUAAGCUAUUCUUUUGUGACAGAAGUGUCGGGACCAGAACAAAAAGGAAAAAAUGUAUAUAUAUAAAAGAGUAAGAGAUUGAUGGUGAUUUGAUUUUAUAUGGUGUACUUUUUCAUGUUGGCACUCUGGCAGUAACAUUAUUAAUGCAUAGAACUCACAGAACCUCUAUAAAACUGUACUAGGCUAAAAAGCAGUGAAAGUGCUGCAUUAAUGUAACAGUUUACCUGUGUGAAAAAAUUCUGCAGGCUGUUUCCAUUGUUAAACAUUUAAUGGAAAAACAAUAGAAAAAUGGAAAGUUGCAAAAACUUGUUUUUGGUGUAUCUGUUGCUUUUAUAUUGCUUUCAGCACUAACAAUAAAUGUAUGUUUAUAUAUUAAACUGUUAUUUAUGUAA